CAUCACGAUAAGGCAAGGCGCCAAAGAAACAGAAACAACCACCCUGGACAGUUGCAACAUCCAUCCUGACUAUCGACGCUCAUCCAGAUCCACAAACCCACCCUAUUCUCCCCCACCAGUCGCUUCCAGGUUCCCAGCACUCCAGAUUGCCAGUGACCCAGUGUAAUAAAACAAGAGCGCAGCCGCCCGUCGUCACAAUGGCGUCUCCAAAUUACGACCAUCACGCGUUGCCUGCGCCGUUGCAGCAAGGUCAACAACAGCAAGACUACUCAUCCUCACCGUUAGCUUCGCAGUCACAGUACUCUCCGCCGAGACGGGACACGCAGCCCUCUCCUCAACCGCACCAGUAUCAUCCGCAGUACGAGCCACAGACUAAGAAGCAGCCGUCGCCUCGGACCAACAGUCGGCCUAAGUCGAGGGCUUUCAGCUUUCGCUCCGACAAGUCGCAGAAGGCGGAGAAAAGUGCUCCAACCAGCGGCUCCUACAAGAUCACAAGCGCCGACCUACACGAGACUUCGGCUGAAAAGGCGAAGAAGAGACUGCACAGCAAGGCUGAUCCAACUAUGGCCAUGAACGAAGCGGAACCAUCUGCCGUAGCUCAGUCAGCCGCCAACUUCGACGAGCACGCACCACUUCGAUCAAUCCAGCACAGAGAUCGCAAUGGCAAUCUCAUUGUCGAACCCGAUCGAUCGAAUCCCACUCGAAGUAGAUGGGAGCGACCGCUCGACACGAUCCGCAGCUUCGAGGCCGCCAUUGAUGGCGGCUACAAUCGCAAAUCUGUCUAUAACGCAGAAACGGAUUCGGUUGCUAACUGGGACAGAAGGAGCAGCUAUUAUGGCAACAACGGCCCUCGAUUCCCUCAGAACAGCUACUAUGGUGAUCGACCGAAUUCUACCUUCCGACCCGACAGUCAAAUAUACGAUUCACGAGGUUCGAUGAUGAUGGGAGGGGCUGCCAGAGACAGCUACCUGGAUGAGUACAACAACGAUGGUGCUUACCCGAACACUGGCAAUGGUUUCAGGAACAACAGAUUACCCCCUCGCAACCAGUCCGAACCUCAGCUGAAUGCCCGAGUACCCGACAAGCGUGUGUACCCCAUGCCGAACAACCACCGAUCGUACGAGACGGUAGCAUCGGGAACGGGCAGCGGAAGCUACGGCGAGCCCAUGGGCUACCAGACUGAUCCUACUAGCAGUGAGAACAGCUCUCUCAACCGCCAAUCGCCCGCCAGACGCCAAGAACCCAUGAACGACUAUGGCAUCAGCUUUGGCCAGUCGACCGCAGCAUAUCAACCCCCGACUUUCGCUGUACCAGCUUCGCAGCCUCGAACAAUGCCAUCAACACCACCCCGCCUCCCAAGAAGGAUCCUGGCGGUUCUCUGCUUCGUAAGGGCUCCAAGCUGGUUCGUGUGGGGGUCGCCCAGGACCGACCUGAGCUGGGCGAGAAGCGAAAGAGCUGGUUUGCUCGAAGAUUCAGCAAGAACUCUUAGACUGCGUUGCGUCACGGCUGCCCUGAUAAUAUCCCAUGCGACGGACCUCGACCAUAUUUUCCCAAGAUACCCACAUCUUCUCGACUUCUUUCAUGUCCCAUUCACCACUUACCACUUUCUCAAAUAGACCGACCUACCUGGCCAGCGUAAACAUCCUAUUGACUCCCAAAAAUGGGACAGUAACUGCGACUUGUCAGACAAAACGUUUGCACGAUUGAUGACAAAUGUAAGCGUGUUAGGGGGCAUGCGUGUUAUUGCAUGGACGAGCUUGACGUAUGAAGGAAGAUAUUUCCCAAGAAGAUGUUACACGAAGUU